UGAAUAGAAAGUGGCAUUAGCAGUACAACAGUAAAAUAUCUGAUCACACUUAAGAAGCUAAUUCAGCUUCCCAUUAACAAGAUUGCAGUAAUAAACAUGGUGGACAUGUCACGUUCCAUCUCUCUUUUUAUGUUUCUGUCCACUGUUGACUGUCCAUUAAAAGCAAAAAUGCCAUAAAAAGGAAUCUUAAAGAAAAACCUUCCUGUACUUUACAUCACCACACAUGCAAUCAGUGCCGCAGAAAUAUUUUAGACCACCUGUGAGUAGGAGUUACUGUUUGCAGUGUCGAUAUACAUGGAUAGAUAAUCUGAUUGCAGCAUCAUUACUAAUGUGUCUGAGGGAAGUCGUGUCUCAACAGGACAGGGAGGAUUAGACAUGUUUAAAAGGAAGUGACAACUGAGAGAGAAGUGGAUUCCGAGGAAAAGUGGUUAGAUUGCAAAAGCUGGCUUAUCAGUGAGAAAACAUUGGUUCGAUUUUUUUCAACCACUUCUCAAGAAGUCGUUCUUGGACAGUUUCCAUCUGGCGGGAGAGUAUAAAAAUGAUGAGAGAAUGUGGGGCCCCAGUCCUGCACACUGAGGAGGUCUGAGGAGUUCAGUAAACACAAAGCAGAGGGAGAUUUUUCAUAUCUGCUACAGGAUUCAAUAGAUACUUUCAGAACUUCACUCAUUUAAUUUCUGCCACCGAAGUCAAGGAUGAAUGCUGCAAUCCAGUGCAUUACGCUCUUGGCCUGUGUAGCCAUUUGCUCUACAUCAGCUCUUAAAUACUGCCGGUGCGUCAACACACUCAAACGCGUAAAUCCCUCGCUCAUCGCUGGAGUCAAGGAGCACGGUCCUCGUCCUUACUGCAGAAAGCAAGAAGUCAUUGUCACACUGAAAACUGGCAAGUCACUCUGUCUUGACCCUGAAGAAGAAUUCACCAAAAGACUCCUGCAAAGAACACAGAUACUGAGGAUGACACGUGCUGAUAAGAACACCAUGAGCCCAAAGUCAACCACAGAAUCAGCCACAGUGUCAGACACAGCAUCAUCUACAGCAUCAGCCACGGAAUCAGCCACAGCAUCAUUCACACAAUCAGCCGUAGUGCUGCCAACUUCAUCAUAAUGCACAUUCCUUGUGUUUUUAACCUGGCACGGUGAAAAUGGGAUGUCAUUUGGCAGCACAGUGUCACAGCCUAACCGUACGGCUGAUGUAGUUGCUGUUUAUCUGUCAGCAAAAUCUCUCACCGAUGGCACAAUGCUAAAACACGUGAAACUGGUUCAGUAACUACUUUGGAAACUGGCAGCUAAAACUGACAGAAAGAUGUAAUGGUGUCAAGUAUUUAAUUCUACGUCAGCCAGAACUGAGUUUUGGAGACUGUAAGAGACAUAUUGUGAAUUCAGAGAAGAGUCUUUAACCAGAGAGACUGCAGCAUUUCUGAAGUUUGGUGAACCCCUGCUUAAUAAGCACAGUUUUUUUGCAGUGUAUGUUUCUUCCAAACCACACACAAAGCUUAUUAAUAACAGUAUAAAGGUAUUGUUUGUGAUGGAAAUUAAGCUGACAUAAUGUGAAGAUUAACAAUGUCUGUUGUGCUUAAUUACUAUAAAUAUGAGCACAAUUUAUUUAUGUAAUUUGAUAAUAUUAGUAUUUGAUAAUAAAAAAACUAUUGUUUCACAUAUUUGUGAAUGUCUGUGCACAUACUGUAUAUCUAUGUGUGCCAUGUUUGCUUUGUUAAGACUAAAGGAAUAAUGUACAGUGUUGACUUCAGAGACAUGAAAGUACAAUAAAUCUGGAUGUUGUUAAAUAA